CGAACAUCGCGAACGUGAAAUUGAUCUGGCUGCUGGAAGACUUGUCCUGGUACCAGAAUUCUGAGUCACAGUAAGGAUAUUCGCGCCUAACUCUCUUUGCGUCAUUCGCAAUUGCGUGAAAUCGCAAUCGUGGCUUCGACAUCUCAAGGGCUUUUCUGACACGAUACAAAUACCGCGGUUGCUUGAACUGACCAGGAGAACGAAUCGGAGCAAAGGAUCCGGUGCAGAAGACACGCGGUUCUGAUGAGGUGAGGUCGGAAUAAGGCAGAUUUCCAGCAAACAAGAGCAGCGGCGACUUGCAUCCGCACAACAUGGAAGUCGCAAACGCACCCACUCUUUUGCUGGUCGACCUGCCGCCAGCCGCACUCGCCGGCAUCGACCUUCUCUCCUUCACUGUGACGCCUCGCUUUCGCGGCGUCAAAGACCUGCCGACGGGCUACCACUUCACCUUCUCCGGGACGAGCACAGCAUUUUCCGAGCGACACGGAUUGUGGUUUCAUGUGUCAGGCGGGCCUACAGCCGAAGGCGUGCCUCUCUUCGUUGCGAAAUGGGACGCUGUGAACGAGACACUCGGGGCCGUGACAGACGAAACAGAUCUUCUUCGUUGGAGAGCCAAUCUGGGAUCGAUCUGGAAAGAAGGCCUGACACCACAUCGACAGACAAGUACCGAGACGAGCGUAAGCGCUGAAGAGGAAGUCAACGACUGGCCAACGUUAACGUCAGCCAUCAACGCGUCUCUCUUGACGAGAAUCACAGGUGGCGAUUCUGGUCACUGGCAUCUUACAUCGGCAAGCUCAGCUCGGCGAGAUAUCGAGGACAUCCCUGGGCUUGAUGAACACGACAAGAAAGCGCUACAGGCAGACAAAGAGCUGAACUUCUUACCGGUUGACCUCAAGAAGACCUGGCGCGAAGGGGCAACUGGCCGCGAGAGAACUGAAGCAGCACAAGAUCGUUCCUGGGCACUUGCACAUCUGGUCGAUACGUAUUGCACUGAUGGGGACAUAACCCAGAUCAUCGGUGAACUACAAUUCUGCUUUUUGAUGAUUCUCACAAUCAACAAUUUCAGCUGUCUGGAGCAAUGGAAGCGGCUCUUGUCUUUGAUCUUCACAUGCAAGACCGCUGUCGCAGAGAGUCAGGACUUCUUCGUCAGCGCCAUAGAAGCACUGCGGUUACAACUUCAGCAUUGUAAAGAUGCGGAAGGUGGUCUGAUUGAUCUUGCAGACGACGGUGGGUCCUUGCUGAAAGUUCUGCUCGUCCGCUUUCGAACUGGUCUGGAAGGCAUGACUGGGACCGGUGUGUCGGAUGUCGUGGACGAACUCGAUGAUCUUGAGGAUUACCUGCGCCAGGAGCAUGGCUGGACGUUGGGCGGCGACCAUCUCCGAUCCGGCGUUCUCGAGCUUGAAGAUGGCGAGCAGCUACACAUGGACAGUACCACUUACGAUGAAGAUGAUGAGACUGGCGAAUAUGCACCACAAAUUGUGGACCUGACGCCGGAGCAAGCAAAGCUCCUCAAUAUCACACCGGACGACGCCCGAAAGCUGGGCAUAGAUCUUAGCAAGGCAUCUCUUGACGAACCUGCUUGUGAAGUCGUGGAUUCGGAUGAGGAGUCAGACAGCGAUCGUGAUCGUCCACUAGCUCUCGGUGCUAGUGACGAAGAGGAGAUGCAAGAUCUGGAUGACAUGGACUCUCGAUACUGAGGUCGUACUUAUUCUCGCUCUUCAUCCCGUCAAGAAGUCAGCUGCUUGGAAGUGCAUCAAUCACAACAAAUCACACUCAUAUACCUCUGCUGUGCGACCCGAGUUGGCGAAAUGACCAGACGGUGAUGGAGGUGAGACACGGCGACUUGCUGCAUGCCGCUGCCGACCAUUUGCUUGCACAGAGUACAACUACCAGUCUAGCUGUAGACGGAUACUGCGGAAGAUGGGAGGUACCUCCUCGCGUAUCUGACCAGCAUUCGAGAACCACAUGGCGAGGUCUCCGAACCCUCCAUCAGCUUUCCGCGUGCAGACCGCACAAGAAAGUUUCAAAGCUGUGCAGCUCCGGAUUGAAGCGGAAUGCCACGGGGUGUAGUCUUGGAGAACAAGGCCUCACAGGAGGAACACAGCUAUGCGUGACCAUCAUGGUUUUUCGCCCGUAUGUAUCGUGUAGAACAACACGGCGCUGCGGGAGGUACCCAACUGCACGUCUUGUUGCCAGCGUGGCUAGACUGCACACUCGCCUGUCAAACCCUGGUCAAACUCACCCCUGUCAAAUCCAUGUGGCUCAUCGAACGGAGUCAACAGACGUGAGAACAGUGCCUGUGCGCCAGUUCCACCAAUUGUGUGGACCCAGCGCUGUCGCAUUCUCAUGCGUGGACGACUGACCAGUGGCAAGCUUGAGAACGUCUUUCACACAAGUCAACAACUGGGUGCGUUGUCAGUCUGGACGCCUUGCAAAAGAGAGGGCGUGUCGCGCGCCAGCGGAUCUCGGACAUCCCGAGAACAAUUGACCACGCGCUGCCGCUUGCCUGGUCAGUAUACUCGCCUAUGCGAGUGAUUCUUGAUUUCAGGUACGGCUGACGGACACAUGGCAAGCGGCUGACAAAAAUUCCUGCCACGAGCUUGGUACUCAUGUCUGCGCCCGGAUGUGAGCUUGGUCGGCCGAAGGAAUUGAUCAGCAACAUCUCACCGAUGCCUGUCGCGCAUCAUUUGAUCAGUGAACAGGAAAUUUCUUGACAACAG